CAAUGGCCUGUCGUCUGCUGUCAUCUAGUCCAGAACCAAGUACCCAUCGUCUGUCGUUCUAUUGCAAACGUCAGACGAAGAUAGAACCACUUCUGAGUCCCAAAAGAAGCUAAUUGGGCGUGGCGUGUGGACAAUCCUUCGCCCUUAACUAGAAUGCCUAUUUUCGGGUAUAUAUUUUUUAUGUCCUUCAAUUGUAAGCAUUCCAAACUUGGAAUUGAAAAUAAUAACCGAGUUUAUAUGUGAAAAAUAUUUGAAUCAAAAAACAGUUGUCAAAAAAAUGUUGUCUUUCUACAGUGAUCACGUUCAGCGCCUUCUAUGCAUACUCGGGAAUAAUUUAUUUGACUUUCGUGACGGAUGACGGUUUAUACAGGAUAACCUAAAAAAAUCAUUUCUGUUUUCAUGUUUGCUUAAAGUCCAUGUUGUUGUUUUUGUUUUCUUCAUAUUUUCCUUUUGCAAGGGCAUUUUUUAGUAAAUACAGAUUCUGGCUACUUAGGAACAAUUAGAGCUUCGCAAGUUACCCAGAAUGGAUCCAGCCCUGCUCCGAGAAAGGGAGCUGUUCAAGAGAAGGGCUCUAACCACCCCCACGGUUGAGAAGAAGAAGACUGAGUCGAAACCGGAGCCUGUGCGCGAUGAGAAGAAAAAAUCCAAAUCGAGCUCAGCCAGUUCGGCACCGAAGCUCGAUGUUAACACCUAUAAAACCGCCUCCGGCAGUUCCCAGUAUCGCUUUGGAGUACUAGCAAAAAUCGUCAAGCACAUGAAACAAAGACAUCAGGAUGGCGAAUCAUAUCCACUAACUUUGGAGGAAAUCCUCGAUGAAACCAAUCAGUUGGAUGUAGGAAACAAAGUGAAGCAGUGGCUGCAAACUGAAGCGUUGGGCAACAACCCGAAAAUCGAAGUGUCUCCGGAUGGGAAAUACUUGUUCAAAGCGACCUACAAGUUGAAAGACCGCAAAAGUUUGCUGAAACUCUUGAAGCAGCAGGACCUGAAAGGAUUGGGGGGCAUUUUGCUGGAAGAAGUCCAAGAGUCGCUGCCCCAUUGCGAAAAGGCCUUAAAGAUUUUGUCGAAUCAGAAUGAUAUCAUUUUCGUUGCCAGACCCAUGGAUAAAAAGAAGAUUUUGUUCUACAACGACAGAACCGCUCAGAUGCCGAUUGAUGACGAGUUUCAGAAACUGUGGCGCUCAGUGGCGGUGGAUGCGAUGGACGAUCAGAAAAUCGAGGAAUAUUUGGAUAAGCAAGGCAUCAGAUCGAUGCAAGAUCACGGCCCGAAAAAACCAACAGCGAUCAAACGGAAGAAGGCCAACCAAAGGAAGAAGACGUUCAAAAAACCGAGGGACAACGAGCAUUUGGCUGAUGUGCUGGAAACCUACGAAGACAACACACUGACUCAAAAAAAUUCCAUGUAGCCGCAAUGUAAAUACUUAAAACUCCAACAAAAUCACUGUUUCUUAAUGACUUAAUUUAUUAUGAAAAUAUAAAAUAAGCUAAAAAGUGA